UGUCAUUCACUUGCGACGGGCGAUCGCCGGCUUAGCCGUCAUGUAACAUCCAGUGUCACCAAUAGAUUUUUCGUUAUUUAAAGUCCCUCUGUUAUGAUUUUUCAAAAUUCUCAGGUUAAAUUACUCAAAACGACAAAAAAAUUUCUUUUUAAUCACGAGAAUAUCCGUCCAUUAUGCUCACAUUGUUACCAAAUGAGUGGAAAAACAAGUUUGCAAAACAAUUACAACAAACUGGUUUUUGUUCUUCUAAAUCACAACAAAUUGUCUCAGGGAACUCCACUAAUUAAAAAUUUGCAUCAGUGUUGGAUUAAAUCGCCACAAACAUGUCGUAUUCCCCAGUCGUUUGUUUCUUGUUCUUUUAUCAUGUUUUUGGGCAAGAGCGUCUCCAAAUUGUCAAUUUGGAUGCAGAGUGUUUCCGAUGUUUGUGUUACGCAGCCACUAAAUGUAAUUUAACAGUUGGGUGCGAUGAGGGGUAUUGUGGGCCUUACAAAAUCAGCAAGAUUUACUGGAAGGACGCUGGGGAAGUUAUUUUACCAGACGAUGAAAGGAAGAGGGAUGGAGCUUACGAAGACUGCGCCAUUUCGUAUCAAUGCGCCCAAAGGAUUGUUCUCAACUACAUUGCGAAGUAUGGAAGGGUGAUAAUGCAGUUUUCGCGUUUGGGAAAUGUGUCUAAAAUGGAUUUUUUCCAGGAUUGUAACAACGAUGGUGUUACAAAUUGCGAUGAUUUUAGUUUGAUUAAUUUCAACGGUGGUUUUCAGUGCAAAGCGGCAUUGAGUCGAAACGAAGCUGGACAAUCAUGGUUGGAACGAUAUCGGCUUUGUAACCCGGAAACUCUAUUGUAAUAAAUUUUGUAAUUCUCAGUAAUGAAACACAAGGUUGUGAUAAUAAUCUUUAAUGUGUAGUUUGACGGAAUCAACAGACUGAGUAAUUAACUAACUAAAGUUGAUUUAGGAUUGGUUUUUAAACGGCGAAGAUUUAAAUACACUAUAGACAGUGUUAAUAAUAAUUAACAAUUGUUUUUCAAUUAA